AUGGCUUGGGCUCUACAAAAUGAUAAGCCAGCAUUGGCCUGUCCGGCUCCUCUCAUUCCCCGAGUUGGCAUUAUACAAACACAACUCGAAGAGUUCUUGAGACGAUCAGCGCACAUUCCUGCUGUCCUUGCUGAACUAGCACAGUCUACUGCCUCAUUACCAACAGCACGCGCGUCAGCAUUUUCUCGCGUAGCACCAACAUUCACCACUGGCUGUCUGUCGACAGUGCUUCAACCAGGCUUGGCUGCAAUGCCAGCCUUGCUUAAUCGACUAAAUGGAGAAACAAUUCUACAAACGGCGUUAACAACGCCACUCAAGCCUAUCCCCAACAAUGACAGGGUGGAUAUGGUUGGCUUUAGAGUCAAAGAUCCAUACGAAUGGAGGGUUGAAGAUAUUGCAUCAUUUCUUCUUGACAUAGCAAAGCGAUAUAGUAUUCCAUUUGAAGAAAUGAACAUGCAUAGGGUUAUGGCAUCACUAACGGGCCCGCAGCUGUUAUAUAUGACAGAAAAUGAUUUUAUUGAACGUGAUCCAACAUUCGGCUCACUCAUAUACAAAGAAUUACAAAAAAUGAUAUCAGAAGAUACACUUAUUGAUAGCAUUAUGAGAAAAUACAAUACUGAAGAAGAAGAAUUAGCACGAGCAGCACGAACAAUACAGUUCAAUACAAUGGCUAAUAUUCAAAAUAUUCAGCAAUGCCAAUCUCCAUUCAAUCAACAAGCUGCUAAAGUACAAGAGAUUGUCCAACGAUCAUCUAGUAUCAUUGAUGCUCUUCCAUGCUCAUCAGCUGAUACAACAUUCUCCAUAUUUCCUACUGAAACAACGAACUUGUCAAAUGCAAGCUCCGUUUCAUGUAUUCCCUCUACAUCUCUAUCUGAUCACUCAAUAGCCGAAAAUAACACAAGUUAUGUGAAUACAGUUCGUAUUCCAACACCCUCUGUUUCUGAUGUCAUUAAUCAAAGUUUGGAAGCAGUUCAGAGUUUGAGUCAGACUAGCUUAACAACUCAACAGUCUCAGCAACUUCUUCAACGACUUCCCGAACAAGUAGAGAUUACUUUCAGCAAAGCUGCUUGUGCCGCCACCACAGUUUCAAUUCCUAGAAAUACACCCAUUUCUAGUGAAGCUACAGCUCAGUUGAGGAAUCAUUUACAGUCCCGAAUGAAUCAACUAACCAAGCCAAAGCCUUCUUCAGUUGAGCCAGCAGUAGUAGUUCCGCAACAAACACAGAAAAGACCGAAAAAAGACAUCAAUGGUGUGAGAAUAAAUAAGGAUGGCAGGCCACGGAAGAGAUCACAGCACACGAAAGGCAAUAAAUUGUGGGAAUUCAUCAAAGAUGCACUUACUGAUCCAGAAACAUGUCCUUCAGUAGUACGAUGGGAAGAUCCAGUUCAAGGAGUAUUCCGAAUUGUUGAAUCUGAAAAGCUUGCACGAUUGUGGGGUGAGCGUAAGAAGAACAGCAAAAUGACAUACGAAAAGCUCUCACGUGCUAUGAGAACAUAUUAUGAGAAACAGAUAUUAGUUCCUGUACCCAAGACAGGAAUCUAUCCGAAGAAAUUAGUUUACAAGUUCGGACCGGGUGCAUAUAAAAAUGAAAUUGUCAGCAUGUGUAGCACAUGA